AUGUCUACGAUCAUCGUUCGAAGACAGCCGCGCAGCAAGGGAUGUGAGCAGUGUAUUGCACGCCGUGUCAAGUGUGAUGAGAGGCCCGGAUGCUGUAAGAAGUGUUCUCGCUUCGGCCUGUCUUGCUCGGGAGCGAUUCGCGGCGCAGUCUUUCUCGAUAUGACGGAAAAGGUAUCUUGCAGCACGAUGAGGCCAAGGAAACAGAGGAAGAAGAAGGCGGUCGCUACGAAAGAGGAGACGGAAGAGCGGACAAAGGAGCCUCCUCUUGCAGACGACGCUCCAGAGCAACAAGGCACUGUUGAGGAGAGCACGUCUUUGGCGAAAUGUUCUCUCACAUCUUCAACGCCCCCGACUAACAGUACAGAGAAUAAUGAGGGCGCAUCAUUAUACACAGAUCUUCUGAGAAUUGAAGAAGAUGGCGAGAGUAGCUAUCAUGGCGCCUUGUCUAUACCAAACUCUCGGCCAAACCCCUACCUUAGCGACGAAGAAUGCUUCGGCAUGAAAACGUCCAACUACUAUAAUAUAUCCAUCCCUCCACAAAUUGACGAUUCAGCGUACAACGAAUACUGUUUUGUCGGCAACUUUGCUCAGCUCAUCGUCAGCUCUCGCCGAAGCUAUUCCACCAACAGGCCCAAGUCAUGGAUCCUCGAGCUCCCCCAUCUAGCGGCGAAAAACGCACUGCCGUCUUCUCUCAGAUACGCAAUGCACGCAGCGGCACUACUAUACCACGCCGUAACAAAUCACGACAUCAGGGCCAAAGUCGCCGCCGUAAAAUGGUAUUUGGCUGGGAUACAGAGCUAUCGUACGACGAUACUGGGACCUGACCCCAAAACAGUGAUGGUCGCAUCUGUCCCAGAGACUGUAGGUUCGGAAGGGUUAAGCAUGUCGGAAAUUGCAGAGAUUUGUGUUCCGAUCAUGUUUUCUUUCUACGAGGCUCUACAGGGCGCGAAUUCGGAUGCAGAGCUACUUCACCACGCGGCAGCCACUGAGAUGCUGGAGAGACGAGGUCCAGAGAAGUGCGUCUGCGGCCUCGCUCAUAGCGUGAUGCGCUCACUGAGAGUCAGAGAGGCGUUUUACUCCAUCAUGCAGAACCGAUCUGCCAACUUUAGCUCCCCCGAUUGGCUCUCCAUUCCUUUCCAGCAGAAGCACAAGAUCUGCUACGACCGACUCAUCGACAUCCUCCUCUCUUUCACCAAAGUGCUUCGCCUUCCGUACUUGGAUCAGAAAGGUGCGACUCUCAGGUCCUCCGUAAACCGCGUCCACGACCUUUCUACUACCCGCAAAGCCGAUAUCGAGGGGAAGACAAUGGCUCUAUUGGCGCAACUGCAGGAUUGGUGGCUGCUGUUUAGACAAGAGCACUGCGAGAUUAUUGCGCUGAGCCCUGAAUGCUCUCUCACCCCUGAAAGUGCCUACCUGAACGUCGCCUCUCCCAUCUCGGUGCUCACGAAUCCACUGUCCAGCUCGUGGAUGGUUGCAAACAACGAGACCCUCACCGCAAGCAUGCUCUCCCUAUACAGCGCCUCCCACAUGAUCCUUCACACGAUCCUCCUCAUUAUCUCGCUCUCCAAAGCUCCGUAUUCCAUCGCUUCCGACGGCCAAACGGAGGUUGAUGCUCACCAAGCCGCGAUUUCGGCAUACGCAACGGGCGUCUUCAAUGCCUCAAUGUAUCUUAACAUGAUCAACCCUUUCUGCGGCGAUGCCGUUCGGACGCACUUUUCCAUGGCCAUUGUUUCUCAAUUUGCUUUGGAGGAUACGCAGCGAGAUGAAGCUCGGCGAAUGCUCGAUCAGUGGAAGGCACAUGAUCUACAACCUCCCGGCUGCUCUAGGACUGCGAAAUGA